AUGGAACCCGUUGACGCCGAACGCGCGCGACAGCUGUCGCUCUUUAGGCCCUUAGGCUAUCAGCGCAAUUCCUGUGGCUACUGUAAAUCGAGUGAUGGCAGCGCAUCAUAUUACACCAGCUCAGUGGCCGUGCGGCCCGAGCACUAUGGGGAACUUAUUGAUCGAGGAUGGAGAAGAUCGGGCACCCUGUACUACAAGCAGAAUCUCCAGCGAUCCUGCUGCCCUCACUACACGCUGAGAUUGGAAGCUUCCGCUUAUCGCCCCCGCCGUGAUCAGCGGAAGGCGAUCAAUCGCUGGAAUAAAUUUAUUCUGGGGCCAGAGUAUAUGCGCAAGAUCGCCAAUCUGUGCCCUCGUUCUCGGGAGGAAAAGAAACAUCGCAAGUGUAACUUUGAUCUGCUCUCGGCAGUCCACGAGGCUGAAUACAGCAAUUUGAAGCGGCCCAUUGACCCGGCCACAAAACGAGCGCUGGAGCCAGCGCAUCGCUUUGAGGUCAACAUCGAGGGCGAUUCGGUGUCACAGGCGAAAUUCGAUUUGUUCGUCAAAUAUCAGACGAAGAUUCAUCGUGAGGACGUCUCUCGUUGGAAAACGAAGGAUUUCAAGAACUUCCUGUGCCAGGGGAUCAAGCGAUCUCCUGCUACCGUCACCAAAAGCAAUGAAUCGGAGAAGAAACUGGGUUCGUGGCAUCAGUGUUAUCGCUUGGAUGGAAAGUUGAUCGCCGUUGCGGUGCUGGACCUUGUCCCGAGCGGCGUAAGCUCCGUCUAUGUCUUCUAUGAUCCCGAAUACGAGCAGUGGGAGUUUGGGAAGCUGAGCGCUCUACGAGAAAUCGCCUUUUCAAUUGAGCACCAAUAUCCAUACUACUACAUGGGGUACUAUAUUCACAGCUGUCAGAAGAUGCGGUAUAAGGGAAACUAUCGCCCUCAGUAUAUCCUUGACCCAGAAUCGUACACAUGGGACCCACUGGAUGGUGAACUGACCGAGAAAUUGGACAAACGCCCUUAUGUUUCUCUUUCACGAGACCGCUCCUCCGGUACCGAAGAUCCGACGCCAACGUCAUCCACCGACUCCAAAGUCAACGAAGAAGAGCUUUCCAUUUUUGCGCUCAAUAUGCCGGGUGUCCUCACACUUGAAGAGACAAAGGCACUGAAGUUGGAAAACUGGUAUUUGCUUUACCACGGGAGUUUCGUGCAGAUGAGUGACCUUGUCGGCUGGGAGGACAUGCCUAUGAACGACCCACAAUCGUUGAGAGGGAUUAUAUCCGAAUUGGCGGCAGUUUUGGGCCCGUCAAUUGUGAAAAACAGUGCAGUGGUCCUAUUUGAUUAA